AUGUCUUCAACAAAAAUUAAGUCCGAUAAUUUAAUAAAUACUCCAUUCAAUGCAAAAGCUGAAUGUUUGAGAAAUAGAAGAAAUUACACGCGACAUUUGUCGCGAGAAGAAUUGGAUAAACGCUUCCCGAAACAAAAAUGUUUGUUUGAAGAAUGUGGAUCUCAAUUAUCUACUGUGGACAGCUUAAUUAAGCAUUUAAACAAUAAGCAUGAAAGUUAUUGUCAAAAAUUAUUGGAUGGUCAUUACGAUCAAGCGAUGGCAGAGCUACCUGUGGAAGUUGUUAUUCGAUUCAAUCAACAGAGAAGGGGUCAAAAUGUCUCUGGCCAACACGAUGAUGCAAUGAUUGAGCAACCUGAUGAAGUUAUUGCUGGACGACAUCAUCAACCGAUAGUAGAGGAAAUUGGUCAAAAUGUGGCUGGCCAGCACGAUGAUGCCAUGAUUGAGCAACCUGAUGAAGUUAUUGCUGGACAACAUCAUCAACCGAUAGUAGAGGAAAUUGGACAAAAUAUAACUAGCCAGCACGAUCAAUCAAUGGAAACUGGCUAUGAUGUUGCUGGACCAUCUUAUCGUGAAUCAACUAUAGCUGAAACCUCUGAAAAUGUUAGCGAUGAUAAUCAAAUGGAGGUAGACCCAGUUGAUGAUAAUGAUAGUGAGUCGGAUGAUAAUGAUAAUGAAUUCGAUGAACUUGAUAAACUCUUUGAAAAAUUAUCAUUACCUAAAUCCAAACCUGGCCAUCAAGCAUUUUACAAUUCAAAAGUGUCACCAUUAUGCCAAGGUGAAAGAGAAUUCUUGAAGCAAUUCAUCGUUGAAUUAUCGGAAGUAAGGCUUAAAAAAUCUAUUCCGAAUGCUCAUGUUGAAGAAUUAGGAAGUGUAAUUGCCAAAAAUUUUCAAAAAGCUCAAGAAUUUCCCAAUCAUAUCAUGGAUAUUAUGGCAAGAUAUUCCUCUAGUUGUUAUUUACAAGAUCAAUUCUUUGAAAUGCAACCUAACUAUGUUCAGCCAAUUAAAAUUCCAACUUCGGAUCCGGAACUAACAAUCCAAUAUUAUUCAGUUGAAGGUAUCCUCAGAUCUAUAAUGAGUCAACAUCCUUCACUGAUUAAUAUCAUCGAAAAAGAAAAAAGAUUGCAAUUUGUUCCUGAAAACGAAAGAAAAAAUUUUACGAUCAAUAAUGAACUUGAUACAACCGACAAAACGAUGUUCGAGCGACUCAAAGGUAAACUUCGAGUUGAAAUUUUUCUUGAUGAUUAUUCCUUCAUGGGAAAAAGAGGCCGAAAAUUUCUUGCCGGUUAUCUGUCUUGUUCUAAUUUACCGUUUCAAGAACGAGUGCAACGCGACCAAAUCAAUGUGUUUCUUUUGGUCAAACGGCCGAUUACGAAAGUAAAAAAUUCAAUGAACAUGAUAUUGAAACCGUUGGUUCGUGAAAUGCAACAAUUGGAGCAUUCUGGCAUAAAAGUUAAAAAAGAUAAUGGUGAAAUCGUCGAAAUCCAGGUAAUACUAUCAAAGAUUAUCUGUGAUAACCUAGCCCAGAAUGAGAUACUUGGUUUCUCUAUGGGAUUUGGUAAAAGCAGCAUUUGCCGUGAGUGCUUAACUAAGCGUGAAAAAUAUCCAUCGUCACGAUUGCACUCAAUCUUAGAUUCCGAUGAACACAAUCUCGUGAAAUCUGGUGUAAAGAAUUUGGUCUUUAGGGACUGCAUUUUGACUGACUUGAGAGGGGUUACUCUUAGCAAUAUUUCCCCUCCAGACAUGUUUCAUGAUUUGUUUGGUAUGUUCAAAUUUGAAUGUUUCAUGAGGUUAUCGGAAAUCUUUUUCGAUGAAUUCGAAAAGAUUUGCGACAAUGAAAUCGACAUACUUCAAUUCUAUGAACAUACUGUUUCAUUUUGUCGUUUGGCCAGACAAACAGAAUUCAAUUCCAACGAUUUGAAAGAUUUGGAUAUGUUCAGCAAAUCGAUUAUAGAUUCAUUUGUUCACAUUAGCAAUCAACACGAAUAUAUGAAAUUUAAUGUAACAUAUAAACUUCAUAAAUUGUUGCAUUAUUCAAAUAAUAUAAAGAGGUUUGGCCCAUUAUACCUUUCAUCAUCUAUCAGAUAUGAAAGUGUACAUCAAAUCUCAAAAAGAUACGGCAGCUCAAUGGGCUGCUGGAAAUCUCCAGCAGAUACAUUGAGUGGCCGUAUUGCUUUGAGACAAACAUUACCAUCAUUUGGAAAGGAAGUUUCAAAAGAAGGAUGGAUCAAGCAAACAACCGUGGAGGAGUAUGAUGCAUACACCUUUCACGGAUUCGUCGAUGGAAACCGGAAUCAAGGCGAUUUUUAUCUUGGCAAAAAUGUCUUGAGAAGAGUGCUUGUUCCCGGGUAUCGCCCAAAAAUAUGGCUUCAAGGAACAAAAUUUUUCAUUAACCAUGAAACAAAACAAAUUUUGGUCAAAGGAACAAUAUGGUAUGAAGUAUUCGACGAUGAUAAUACUUCGAAGAAGGUCUUCACUCUUCAAAAUAUAGAAAAAUUUGAUGAUGAAGUUCUUCUAAAUGGAGAAUAUUUAUCCCAUAUAAACGAUUAUCUAUUUCAAACAAGCUGUGGUAGAUAUAUGGUCAAUCGAUUAUGUUAA